AUGUUCAGUCGGGGGGGGGGGGGGGGGGGGGGGGGGGGGGGGGGGGGGGGGGGGGGGGGGGGGGGGGGGGGGGGGUUGUACUUGUCCAUCCUCAUCAGCGGCUCCCACUCAGAUGGUUGUGGACCGGCCGUGUGUGGCACUGAUGUAGACGCCGAGUCCCAGGUGAGCUUCCUCUCCUCCGCUGCAGGCUCAGGUCCGACGUGGACACCCGGUCCCAGCCAUGGAAGGGCCAAUGUUGAGGAAGGCAAGCAUAGGUUAAACUCAUGA